ACAAAAACUUCUCUUCAGUUUUCUCCUUCUACAUUUUCUCAUAUCAGAAUCAGAAUGAGAAUGUCUAGCAAUCAAAAUCAAAUCCCCAAUACAACACGUCGUCUCAGUGAAGAAGAAUUGGCCUACUUCAAAUCUUUUCCAUGCGGUUACAGAUUUUGGCCUACUGAUACAGAGCUCAUUCUUGAAUACCUGCACAAGAAAGUUUACCUUCAACCUUUGCCUCGAAACAGGAUCAUCACUCUCCAUUUUUAUAACUUCAAUCCUCAAUUUCUUGCAGAAAUGUAUUCGGAUUAUGGAGAGAAGGAAUGGUACUUCUUCACACCAAGGGCCAAGAAGUGUAACAAUGGAUUGAGAGCUGCCGGGGACGGGUACUGGAGAGGGGCCGGAGCCGAUGAACUUAUAAGGCAUAAUGGUGUUAUCAUUGGAAGGAAGAAUGCUUUUGUUUUCUACAUGGCACAACAUCCAAAUGAUGAAAUAACUGACUGGAUUAUGCAUGAAUUCGUACUCGAAAACCCCCCUCCUACUCCCCUGCCAAGGUUGGAUGAUUGUGUAUUAUGUCGGAUUUAUAAGAAAUGUGAGAGGUUUGCUAGAGGUGGAGGAGAUGAAUAUGAAGAUAUUAUUGAUCAAAGAGUUGAGGAGAUAGACAAUAAUAAGGAGAUUAUCCGCUAUGAUAAUAAUUCCGGCGUGUUUGAACCCGAUAUCCCUUACGAACUACCCUUUGGUGAAUAUGAUUUUCCAGGAUUUAUUGAUGAUUUUCCUCCGCCUAGAAGAAAUUGCAGUUUGAGUGAUGAGCUACUUCCAGGAGGAGCCAACAAUUAUAAUAAUCAGCUGAAUGAAAAUAUUGUUUCGAUUCCUGCGCAGCAAGUUUCUCCGAAACACAAAAGAAAGGCGAAUAUGAAGCUGAAAUGUAUGCAUUGUGAGAUAACCGAGACUCCGAAAUGGAGAGAUGGACCAAUGGGGCCUAAAACCCUUUGCAAUGCUUGUGGAGUUCGCUAUAGGUCAGGCCGCCUUUAUAAUAAUCAGCUGAAUGAAAAUAUUGUUUUGGUUCCUGCGCAGCAAGUUUCUCCGGAACACAAAAGAAAGACGAAUAUGAAGCUGAAAUGUAUGCAUUGUGAGAUAACCGAGACUCCGAAAUGGCGAGAAGGACCAAUGGGGCCUAAAACCCUUUGCAAUGCUUGUGGAGUUCGCUAUAGGUCAGGCCGCCUUUGUCCUCAAUAUCGACCUGCUGCAAGUCCCACCUUCGUUCCGUCGGUGCACUCCAAUGUCCAUAAACGAGUUAUUCGGAUGCAAAAAGAACUAGUCGACAACUAACUCCCUCGAGUUGAUAUCAAAUGAUACCAACCGAUUAGAACUGCGUUUGGAAUUGCUAAAUUCGCUCUUUAUGUUGUUUAGUUACGGUUGGAUUUCAUUUCUUUGUUAAACUGUA